UUACGUUGGUAUGAUAACUGAACGCUGAACACUUUAAGAUUGCGAGUUCGUUUGAUUAUUGACUAAUGACAGAGAAAACAAAGUAUAACGAAGACACGGUAGCAGUGUGGAAACUACCAYUAGCAGACGGUAUUCAUGAAAUAGAAUUUGAACACGGGACAGCAACUGGUAAAAGAAUUAUUAGAUUGGAUGGAAAAAUAGUGAGACGAAAAGAUUGGAUGUUUCGAUUAGUCGGAGAUGAAGUUUUUGAUAUAGACAAGGUACAAUGCACUAUCAAAGUAGAACCCGAUGGAUUAUUUAUGUACACAUAUGAUUUGUUGGUUGAUGGAAAGAAGUUGGAAGAAUUUUGCGAAUACAUUUCAAAAAAUCGAUCUACCUGGUUAAUUAUUACGGACAAUGGUGUUGAAAACCGAAUUAUUCUAGAUAAAGCCACUAUGGAUAUUUUUGUGAACGGAACUCAAGUUACAGACGCAAUGUCGGAAUUCAUUGAAAAUGGAACAGAAACACAUUUUUCUGUUGGUGAAAUGUUAGUAACCAUACGAACUGAACAUAGUUGUGAUAAAAAAAUUGGUGUCGUGCACAGUCUUUUCGUUAAUGGUGUUAUAGUUUCUGAACUUUAAUAUUUUAUGAACUUUUUCUCGAACAAAUUAAA